GCCAAGCCUUGACCCUUGUCCCUCGACUUCGGAAGAACUUGAAUUCCUGAAUAGCUUCAAUUUCUUAAUUUUGGUCCAAGGCUGGAUCAGAUUAGCUCUGCUCUUCCCUGCCGACUGUGCGCAAUUGUACACAUACAUGCCGCCCGUUGGUUGCGAAAUGAUAGGAUGAUACAGCCGCGGAUCUUUUCCCUCUCAGCCCGGAGGGUAUUGACGAACUGUCAAUGCUCUUCGUCGAGUCUUUCCCUCCGAAGCUACGCAACGGUUCGCGAGGUUGUAACUCGCCCCGACCCCGCCGUCGAUCAUUUAUCUUCGCUCCCCAAGUCUGCCAAGGAGUAUGUCCCAGCCCUGUCCAAGUCUGACAGGGAGUCAACAGAAAUUAUACGCACCUACAAGCCUAGAACACCCGGUGUACGACACUUAAGACGGCCUAUCAACGACCACUUAUGGAAAGGCAGGCCAUUCCUCCCAUUGACCUUCCCCAAGAAGGGUAUGGCCAAGGGCGGCCGUAACAAUAAUGGGCGCGUCACAGUUCGGCAUCGCGGCGGAGGUGCAAAGCGAAGAAUAAGAACGGUGGAUUUUCAUCGUUGGGUCGCCGGUCCUCACACUGUCGAGCGAAUCGAGUACGAUCCGAAUCGUAGCGCGCAUAUCGCCUUGCUCAACGAAGAUGCCACCGGCAAGAAAACAUAUAUCAUAGCCGCUGAGGGUAUGAGGGCAGGAGAUGUGGUACAAAGUUAUCGAGCUGGUAUUCCUAAAGACCUUCUCGAGAGCAUGGGUGGAGUGAUCGAUCCAGGUAUCCUAGCUGCUAAGACGGCACAUCGUGGAAACUGUCUACCGCUGCACCUCAUUCCUAUAGGAAUGCCAGUGUACAAUGUUGGCUCUCACCCGAAGGGAGGCGCCGUCUUCUGCAGAAGUGCGGGUACCUUCGGUGUCGUUGAGAGCAAGGAUGAAGAGAUGAGAGAUGAUGGUGUAAAGGUCGUGACCGGUAAAUUUGUCACUGUUAAGCUGCAGAGCGGAGAAGUUCGGAGAGUCAGCAAAGAUGCUUGCGCAACCGUUGGUGUUUCAAGCAAUCCUCAUCACCAUUACCGACAACUCGGUAAGGCCGGUAGGAGUCGAUGGUUGAACAUCAGACCAACAGUGCGCGGUGUAGCAAUGAACAAAGUGGAUCAUCCUCACGGUGGUGGCCGUGGUAAAUCAAAGGGUAACCGACAUCCAACAAGUCCCUGGGGCACACCGUCAAAAGGUGGUUACAAGACACGCAGGAAGAACAACCCCAACAAAUGGGUUGUGGUUCCCAGAAUUCGACACAUGGGCAAACGAAGAGACAAGAAGGGCAAGGAAUAGUAGAACCAAUAUUCUUGAAGUUCGCCCUACACACACCGCCCAUAUGUACCAUAUAGAGUCCUCGCAAAUAGGGCGGGGCUUAUAUAUCGAAUGUACCAUACUGAACGAAGCUUAAGUCUUAUUUUCUUGUCGUAGGUAGUGAGGCAUGGUAAGUUUAGAUGUUCUAUACCCAGGUACGUUGCAUAUGGCAUAUCCUAAACAGUAUCGUCGUCUCCUACGUCUAUUCCAUACUAGCACGUGAGCGGUAAUUAUGUUUUUCGCUAAAUCAGG